AUGGGAGGCGGUGCCUCCAAGGGUGUGCAGGCGGGCGUCGAGGCCGCCUCCGCGGCCGAGCUGCGUGCGGCGGUGGGCGGCCUGGCCUCCGCCGAGAAGGCGAAGCUCGCCGACGCGCUGCAGGCCAGCGGCGUGCCCGGUGCCGCGCCGGUCACCGUGCCCACGUCGAUCACCGCGGGGGUCAAGCACGAGAAGAGGCCGCCUCCGGAGAUGCCUGACGGCAGCGCCGUGGCCGUGCCCGUGGUCGACGUGGACGGGUUCUGCAUGGGCCAGUGCCCGGCCAUACUCGCCGCGCUCGGCAGCAUGUUCCAGCUCUCUGGCAAGACCCCCCAGGAGAAGAUGCGGUGCCUCCAGGCGCUUCAGGACAUGAACGAUGUGUUCGGGGAGCAUGGCAAGAUGGCCGAGGCCACGAAGUCACUUCGCAGCGUGCUGAUAAUAGUCUGCCUGCCCCACGAUGGACUGGGGUCGUCCGCGGCCAAGUCCGCCGAGACGGUCAAGCUUCUGCACGGUCGCUCGUCCGCGGCCAAGUCCGCCGAGACGGCGGAGGUGUACUCGGCGGUGGAGCCCGUGGUCCUGGGCGCCCUCCGCGGCCACAGCGGCGCCGUGCUCUGCUACGGCCAGACCUCGGCGGGCAAGACGUUCACCAUGGAGGGCCCGCCGAUGGACAAGGAGGCCUGGGGCAUCAUCCCGCGAGCGCUGGACACCCUCCUCUCGGCGGCCGCCGCGCCGGCUCCCGGCGCAGCUCCCAGGCUGCGCUUGUCAAUGCUCGAGAUCUACAUGGAGCAGCUCAGAGACCUGCUGGACCCGGCGAACGGCGCAGAGCUUCACAUCACGACGGAUCGCUCGGGAGAGGUUUGCGUUCGUGGCCUGCGAGAAGUGGAGGUCCAAUCAUUGAGGGACGCGCUGGAGGUCUUCGAAUUCGGCCGCGCGCACCGGGCCGUGGCUGCCACAGGCAUGAACGACCGCAGCUCGCGCUCGCACUGCGUCGUCAUGGUCAAGGUCGACGCGGGCCCGCCCGGCUCGGCGGGCGCACCGCCGCGGCGCGCGGCCAAGCUCUGCCUGGCGGACCUGGCGGGGAGCGAGUGCCUCAAGAAGACCUGGCGCGGCCCGGGGCCCGCCUGCAGCCAGGUGGUCGAGGAGGCCCGCGCCGUCAACCAGUCCCUGACGGCGCUGGGGCUCGUCGUCAGGAGGCUCGCGGCCUGCCGCCGCGGGCCCGCCGCGGAGCCCGCGCACGUGCCGUACCGCAGCUCGAAGCUGACCCGCGCGCUGCAGGAUAACUCGCCCAUGAUGUUUUUGUUCUGCGACCUGCGUCCUCGAGCUGCGCGAGCUGCGGUGACUGUGGCGCUGGUGGUCAACUGCUCGUUGUCGCGGCUGCAGACCUCGGAGACGCUCUCCACCCUGCGCUUCGGCACCUGCGCGCGAGUCGCCAUCGGCCGGUCGGGCGACGCGGGGGAGGAGCGGCGGCAGCUCCUGCUGCAGACCCUGCGUGCCGCGCGUGAGCAGCUGGCGGCCCUGGUCGCGGCCCAGGCGAGCGGCUGGCCGCGGGACGCCCCGGCGGCGCUGCGGGGCGGCUCCAGCUCGCCAGGCAGCCGCAGCCGCAGCCUCAGCCCCCUGGAGCUCUCGCCGCCG